AUGGGCCACCAUAAAGACCAGGUCUCAAAAGCGUGUCCGGUAAUGGCAAAAGGUCCUGGAAUAGUAUCUCAGCCAAACUCGCCACUAAAUGGACAUCGCAUCAUUGAAGCUCUGUCGAACUUUAAUCGUGAGAAGAUUCCUGAGAGGCCUGUCCAUGCCAAAGGCGCGGGUGCGUAUGGGGUGUUCGAGGUCACAGAAGAUAUUUCUGAUAUUUGCAACAUUGACAUGCUCCUCGGAGUGGGCAAGAAGACCGAGUGCAUGGCACGUUUCUCGACGACGGGGCUGGAGCGCGGCUCGUCAGAGGGCGUGCGCGACCUGAAGGGGAUGGCGCUCAAAUUCUUCACGGUGCAAGGCGAGUGGGACUGGGUGUGCCUCAACUUUCCCUUCUUCUUCAUCCGCGACCCGAGCAAAUUCCCCAGCCUGAUGCACGCGCAAACACGGGAUCCGCAAACCAACCUGCUGAGCCCGAACCGCUACUGGGACUGGGUGACGUCGAACCAUGAAGCUCUUCACAUGGUGCUGCUACAGUUCAGCGACUUUGGCACCAUGUUCACCUGGCGCACACUGAGCGGGUACGUGGGCCACGCCUUCAAGUGGGUGAUGCCAGACGGCUCGUUCAAGUAUGUGCAUUUCUUCCUCUCCUCGGACCGUGGGCCCAAUUUCUCCGAGGGAAAGGGUGCGGGGACAUCGGCCGAUGCUCAAUCUGAUCCAGACCAUGCAUCGCGCGAUUUGUACGAGGCCAUCGAGCGCGGCGAUUAUCCAACUUGGACUGCCAACGUACAGGUCGUCGAUCCCGCCGAUGCCCCCAAGCUCGGCUUCAACAUCCUCGACGUCACUAAGCACUGGAACCUGGGUACCUACCCAAAGGACCUGGAGAAGAUUCCAUCACGGCCUUUUGGCCGGCUCACGCUGAAUCGCAACCCACAGGACUACUUCAGCGAGGUCGAGCAGCGCGCCUUCUCCCCGGCCAACUUAGUUCCCGGGGUCGAGCCAUCAGAGGACCCGAUCUUGCAGGCCCGCAUGUUCGCCUACCCGGAUGCCCAGCGGUACCGCCUGGGGCAGCAUCAUUGUGGAUCGUCACCCGCCCCCACGACUAGCGCUCCGAUCACAAACCCAGCAUACCGUGCAUGGGUAGCCGACGUGGCCUCCGCCAACUGGUCCCAGCCCCAUGAAAACGACUACAAGUUCGCGCGCGAGUACUACUUAGUCUUGCCAGAAUUUCGCGGCCAGGACUUUCAGGACCGCAUGGUCGAGAACCUGGCCGCCUCGGUGGCACAGACCUGGCCGGCAAUCCGCACCCGGGUGUACGCGACCUUUGAGCUGGUUCAUCCAGACCUGGCCCGGCGCGUCUCGACUUUGGCCGAGGAGAAAGCCCAGCCGGCUGCCAGCAAGGAACUGAGGACCGACGAACCACAUUGCCCUCGGAAAGCGCACCUGUAG